AUUCCCCCCACCAUACAGCUAAAUCGAUAGCCCAUCGUGGGCGAACACACCAAACCCCCCUGCCAAUACGGCUCUGCUACGCUCUUCCUACCUCCCAAAUUCACAACUGCAAUGGCAACUCCUCUCCUCUCGGUCACUAGGCUUAGUAUUCUUCACUCAAUGGGAUCAUUCCUUCCAAUUCUCCCUACCACAAUCCACCUCAACAUACCAAACCCCUUACCCGGUAUUUGGGAAUCUAUUCUCCGGGCCGUACCCAAGAAGAAGCAAAGCCACUCGAGAAAACGAAUGCGGCAAUUGGCCGGGAAGGCUUUGCAAGACAUCACUGCCCUCAAUAAAUGCCCGGCUUGUGGAAAAGUCAAGAGGCAAAAUAUGCUGUGCGAGCCAUCAGCACAUCCUUCCGACAUAUUUGCUAUUGCAGCCAAUCCAGCAUACGCUAUUUCUGCUGGAGGGGACUCAAGCAUACAAGUUUGGAGCCUACACGAGCCAGAUCACCCUCUAGUUCAUAAGUUUGAGAAUGCACAUCCCCUCGGAGUUCACCAUCUUGCUACCAACAAAGAUGGCAGGUUCGCGGCAAGUUCUGGCUUUGAUGGAGCAAUCAAUAUAUGGGAUCUCGAGACUCUUUCUCACAUUAAGCAGAUCGCAAAAGGGAGAUCAUCAGGCGAAAUUUGGGCCAUUGCCCUGUCACCUACUGGAAGCUUUAUGUCUGCUACCACUUAUAAUGGAAGGGUAUGUGUCUAUGAUGUCUUUGGAGCCGGUGAAAAAGUCCGGGAAUAUGAGACAAAAGGAAGCUUUGGAAUGAGUGUUGAUAUUUCUACAGAUGGGAGGCUUGUAGCUUCGGGGCACGAGAAUGGCGGAGUUUACAUUUUUAACAAUGAGACCGGCAAAAUACACCACUCAUUGCCCGGCCUCAUCAAAACAGUCAGAUCCGUAGCAUUCUCUCCAGGAGGAAGACUACUCGCGGCAGCAGGCGACUCCAAUAUAAUUGCAUUGUACGAUGUGAUAUCUGGGGAGCAAGUUGGGAAUCUGUCCGGUCAUAGUAGCUGGAUCUUUUCGGUUUCUUGGAGCAAAACUGGCGAAUAUAUUCUCAGUGGUGCUUUUGACGGAAAAGUCAAAGUCUGGUCGACCGAUACGAAGACCUGUGUUGCAACCCACACGGAGAACGAUAAAGCUCUGUACGGGGUAAAAUGGAUUCCCAAAUCCUCCGGUAUAGGCGAAGGAUUUCUCACAGCUGGAGCGAACGGGAAGUUAUGUUUUUACCGCGAAGCAACAGGCAGCUGAAGAUACUCUCCGAACUCGAUCCUUAGCUAGUAUACCAGAACAGAAGUAAAAAUAAUAAUAAUAAUAAACUUAAUCAAAAAUCCACGAAACCAUAUACCAGUACCUGUAUCAAAUUUUUAUGCCAAGGUAAUAGAUUUCCAUAAGAUAUAUUUACAAUCCAAUGAGAUGCGAGGAAGGUGUUUUCUUCAAUAUGGAGUGCACAAUUGCCAUCCUAUUCUACCCAUUGGCUUUCCCCUCAACCUCCAACUCCAACAAACUUCCCUAUUCUAUCCUCAAAAAUUCUCAUUAACUGCCCACUAUCUUCUGUGUGUCUCCUCCAGUCGUUCAACCAUUAUACCGGUAUCCUUCUUCUUUCUUUUCACCGAAUUGAACCCCCUUUUAAACCCUUUUCUCCAACUGGAUGCCACUCUAGAACAUCUAUAAGUCUACUGUUUUUACCACCGUCGUCUCGGUCAUUGGGUUCCUGAUUCGCCGCCAUAUCUCCCGCGGUAGGAAUUCAUUGCUGACCAUGCCUUUGCAAAUGCAUGCGUUCUCGCCUGUUUGAACGAGCAGGGCACCUUGAGCGACAUUGAGAAGCUCUGCGGAUCCGACAAGAUUGGAACAUACCUCCCCUCCAAGUGCGGCGACACACUCAAGGAUGCCCAGGACCACUUCACAAACACCUGCAGGGCAAACCGCCAUACUGUUUGUACGUACUUUCCCAAUACAGCUUGUUCCCAUACUAACCAACCCAGCACUCGGACUCCCUUCCACAAAGUCUGGUUCCGCUUCUUCGAGCCGUAAUGGGACCAUCUCAACCCCUACCACUGCUCUAUCUGCUGUCGCGGUAACAGCGCGUCUUCAUUUAACGUUAUGGGCGGUGGAUUUGCAUUAGCAGUGUUGGUUGCAGGGUUUGUGUUGUGAUUUAUCGGUUGAGAAAAGCGCAGCGGUGGGAAUAGGUGGUUUCCGUGUUGGAGUCCCGGCACUUGCGUUCUAAGGGAAUUAGAGUAGAGGAGUUAUAG